UGUAUGAAAUAAAACUAUAUCAUAGUUAUUAGCAGAACGUCGUUGCAUCAUUACAUUGGGGAAUUAAGACAACAAAAUGGACAUUGAAAAAAUUUUAAAAGAAAAAUGCGAUAAUUUGUUACACGCGCCGUUAAAGAACUUUGAAGGGUGUAUGAUGCCAUCGACUUUUAGUCAAUUUUGUGAUAGAAUUAAAAAUAUGGAAGUCAGAAAUGACGAUAUUUGGGUGAGCAGUUUUCCUAAAUCAGGUACAACUUGGAGCCAAGAAAUGAUUUGGUUGAUAGGAAACGAUUUAGAUUAUAAAGGAGCUCAAGUUAACCAAAACGAACGAUAUCCUUUCAUAGAAAUCAGCUCUGUUUUGGAUUUUAAAUUGUUCAAAGAACAGCGCCCAGAUUUUGCUUGUGUCGAUUUUUUAUUGGACCCAAUAACACACGUGGAUAAUUUACCGAGCCCAAGAUACAUAAAAACUCAUUUACCAUGGUGUUUAUUACCUUUGCAAAUUCAAACUGGAGCGAAGAAACCUAAAAUUAUCCAUAUAAUUAGGAACCCAAAAGACGUUGUUGUUUCUUUUUUCAAUCACGCACAACUCUUACACGGAUACACAGGAAACUUUGAUGAAUAUUUUCAUUUAUUUAUAAACGAUAUGGUCGAUUAUGCGCCAUAUUUCCAAAACAUCCUAUCGUUUUGGAAUCAUCGCCACUUAGAUAACUUACUCAUUUUAAAAUACGAAGAUCUACAAAAAGAUUUGCGCGCAGCUGUAAAUACGGUUGCUAAAUUCCUUGGAAAAACCGUCCCUGAGAAUGAAAUGCCCAAACUUUUAAAACAUCUCAGUUUCGAGGAGAUGAAAAAGAAUCCGGCCGUUAAUUUUGAAAUGUUGGUUAAAUUUAUAAGAGAAACGAAAGCGUUUAACGUUCCCGAUAAGAAGUUUAUGCGCUGUGGAAAAUCGGGUAAUUACAAAGAAAAUAUGUCUAAGGAAAAAAUUGCUAUAAUGGAUGAGUGGAUUGCGAAAAAUCUUAAAGGAACCGGAUUAAAUUUGGAAUAAAUAAUGAUUAUUACGUUAUUGCAUCGAAUUACAUCUAAUGUAAACAAACCUUGUUUAUUAAUAAAAAUAUAUGUUAUGUUCUACAAA